CUGUCAGUUUCUUACGCUUGCACUAUUGGUAUUGGAUGUUGGGAGUUUUAAGUACAUGUUAGCUGAUAGAAGUACAAGCGGACUUUCCAAGUAUUGCGUUGCCCGUGCGGUGAACAUCGUCGUUAAUGGAGUCCAUGGAAGAGAAAUCAAAAAAGUCGAACAAACCAAAAGAUACACGAUUUCAUCAGCAACGUCUUAAGUCUUGGAGACCAAUUUUAACUGCUAGAAAUUCUUUCCCUAUAUUCCUUGCAUUCGGGAUUGUAUGUGUACCACUCGGAAUAGUCUUGCUGAUAUACUCGAAUAGCGUCCAAGAAUUAGUUGUGGAGUACACUCAUUGUGAAGAUACUGUACGUCGUACUCGGUGUUCUGAACUGGUUAGACUUCCUGAGUUCUAUGGCUCGUAUAAUGUAUGUUCGUGUAAAGUAGAAUUUGAACUUAAAGAGGACUUCGAGGGUCAAGUAUAUUUCUACUAUGGUCUGUCAAACUUCUUUCAAAAUCAUCGCCGCUAUGUGAUUUCAAAAGAUGACAACCAAUUACAUGGCUCGGUGGAAACUCCGAAACAAAGUUGUGAACCAUAUCGGUUUGACUCUACCGGAAAAAUAUAUGCCCCAUGUGGAGCUAUAGCAAUGAGUCUGUUUAAUGACUCCUUCUCUCUAAAUUAUCAUGGUAAAAGUUCCAAUCGUCUUGAUCAACCUGUACAGGUUCCAGUGACUAGCGAAGGAAUCGCUUGGCGUACUGACGUUGAAGAGAAAUUCGGAAAGCCACCAGCUGAUUCGUGGAACAAGACAGUAAAACCUGUGAGUUGGAAAAAGUCUGCUCUUGAACGGUCACCUGAUGCGUAUAGCGGAGAUGAAGAGUUAUUAGUAUGGAUGCGUGUUGCAGCCUUACCGACUUUCCGCAAACUCCAUCGUUUAGUCAAUCAUGUUGGAACUUUUUCAAAUGGUUUGCCAGCUGGAAUUUACAGUGUUGACAUUGAUUACUCUUAUCCUGUUACUCAAUUUGGUGGUACUAAAAGAAUCAUAUUGUCUACAAUGAGUUGGUUAGGUGGUCGAAAUCCAACUUUAGGAAUAGCUUAUAUCGUUGUUGGUAGCGUCGGGAUUAUACUUGGUCUCAUAUUUCUUUUUCUUCACUUUCACAUCACAAGGAAUGUUCAGUAAUCUGAUUCGUAGAUAUUGUGGUCUGAUGUCUUUCAUUGUCAGUAAAAGUUGGAACCUUUAUAAAAACUCAUUCAUCAUUCCUGACUUAUUAACAUUAUUAAGCAAAAUUGCUCUUAGUUGUUUUUUUCUCGGAGUGUUUUUCUUUUCUAAAAUUCUUACUUUUUUAUUUUUGUUUAUACACGUGCACCGAGAUGUUUUUAACCUACUGUAGAAGUAUUUUCGAAAGUGUAAUUAUUUAGAAUCUAUCUGGUUUACUUUUAAUUGAUUCGACUAACCGCGAGUGACGAUCUUGGCGUAAACUACGUUCAGUCGUGUCGUCGUCAACCAAUUGUGUACAUUGAGGAUGAAGCUAAAAGUAAAAAGAACUAAGGCUGUUAAUGAGCUGCGAUAGAUUCUUACAAUGUACAGGUGAAACAUUUUCAGAAUUCUCGACGAAAUUACUUCCCGUUCGAACGUCCACUAAUGGAUCCAGUUACAUUUUUUUUCGAAUCGCACCUGAUAGUUUUGACUCUGUUAAACAUUUUGGAGUGCCGCUGAUGCACAUUAAACCCAUCAGGAUGCCUCUAAACUUUUAUCUGCUUUCUAUCCAUCAACAAUUGAAAUUUAAGAACUAGUUUUUAAACAAACGCAAAAUUCCCGUAUUGAGUAAUAAAACAAAAUCGUACCGACGAAGAAAAUUUCCUUUUGAGGUUUUCAUGUACUAAAGCUAUAAGUUGUAUUUAAAAUCAUUUGAAAUAAAAGUCUAUUGUUAACCAGUAAGGUUACGUGUUCACCAUAAUCUUCUGGAGUAGAGUGGAAAGUUCCUACUAGAAAACUACUACUUUAGCCGUGGUAAGACUAAUAAGUGCACUUAACUUCUUCAAACACAAAGACCAGGUUCAGCUUUUUAAAUUACCAGUCAUUUGGCUAAGCAUCGAUAAUAAAAUCAAGGGUCUUUCAAACUGAGGAAACACUUCAAAAAUUACUUUGGAGAAACUGUUAGGAAGGGCCAGACGUUCGGAGAUAACGAGGUGUUCAAUAAUAAAACUGUUGUUAUUUUCCUCCGUUUCCUAGGGAUAACCAAAUUACGCCUAUGAACUUAAUACCAUAAACGGCAAGUGUUGUACUCUGCUCCACAGAAAUAAAAAACAUUGAGGUAGCAAACUACGGCAUUCUUUCCUGAAUGAGCUUAUGAGUUCUCACUGAAAGUGCGAUUCACAGGCUAGCUGCGUAGAACUUCUUCCUCAAACAUAUUGUGGAGCCCUUUCUGAGGAUUUCAGCUACAAUGGUGCAUUUGAAUUCUAGGUUCAGGUAGAGUUUUCCUAAAGACUGUCGAUACCUUCCGUGUUUGUGACUUUUCCAUAUUCAGAAAGACUACUCAUCUUAUAAAUGAAACUACAUGGACAGGAUACUAAGU